GUCACUGCCGGCCAGACGCCAUCUUGAUGGUUUGCAGACGGACUUGGAGGUGGCGGUGGUAGAGGCGGUGAAGGCGUGGGGAAGGGUGGGGUGAGGGGGCGAGGCCGCGGCGAGGGCGGCGAAACUCCCCUCCUCUCGGCCCCACCGCGUGGGACGGCGUGAACGUGGUGUCGGAGGGAUGUCCGCCUUCUCCGAGGCGGCGCUGGAGAAGAAGCUGUCUGAGUUAAGCAACUCGCAGCAGAGCGUGCAGACCUUGUCCCUGUGGCUCAUCCACCAUCGCAAGCACUCGCGGCCCAUAGUCACCGUGUGGGAGCGGGAGCUGCGGAAAGCCAAACCAAACAGGAAGCUUACUUUUCUGUACCUAGCCAAUGAUGUCAUUCAGAACAGCAAAAGGAAGGGGCCGGAGUUUACAAAAGAUUUUGCACCAGUUAUAGUGGAGGCUUUUAAGCAUGUUUCAAGUGAAACUGAUGAAAGUUGUAAGAAGCAUCUUGGAAGAGUGUUAUCUAUUUGGGAAGAAAGGUCUGUUUAUGAAAAUGAUGUGUUAGAACAACUUAAGCAAGCUCUGUAUGGCGAUAAGAAGCCUAGGAAGCGAACUUAUGAACAGAUAAAGGUAGAUGAAAAUGAAAACUGUUCUUCUCUGGGAUCUCCAAGUGAACCACCACAGACUCUAGAUCUCGUUAGAGCAUUACAAGAUUUAGAAAAUGCAGCUUCAGGUGAUGCAGCAGUUCAUCAGAGGAUAGCUUCUUUGCCUGUUGAAGUCCAAGAAGUAUCCCUACUAGAUAAAAUAACAGAUAAAGAAUCUGGAGAAAGGCUUUCUAAAAUGGUAGAAGAUGCUUGUAUGUUGCUGGCAGAUUACAAUGGCAGACUGGCGGCAGAAAUAGAUGAUAGGAAGCAACUCACUCGAAUGUUAGCAGAUUUUCUUCGUUGUCAAAAGGAAGCCCUUGCAGAGAAAGAGCAUAAAUUGGAAGAAUACAAGCGCAAGUUAGCCAGAGUUUCCCUGGUGCGCAAAGAACUCAGGUCCCGGAUCCAGAGCCUGGCAGACUUAUCUCGAUUGCCCAAUGUCACUGGCAGCCACAUGCACCUGCCCUUUGCGGGGGACAUAUACAGUGAAGACUGAUGACCAGUCUUUUUCCAGUCCCAGGACUUUGCAAGAAAUGGAGACAGGUUAGGUGGACAGUCCUGUAGCGUUAUUUUUGUAUAUUGUUGGGAGAGUAAAACUUAACAAAAGAAACAAGUAAUUUAUAAAAUUGUUUAAAAUGUUGGUUUGUUUACUAUUUUAUUGGUAAGUUAACAUGACUUAGCUUAAACAAAGUGAUGAUCUCUGUGUAUUAAUAAGCUCACAAAUAGUGAUUAUUUUCAAAAGAUCUUUUUGUAAAUUUUUUUGAUCCAGAACCUUGUAAGAAAUUCCAUGUUUCUAUUUCUUCAUGUAUUUUCGGUUGUUUUUCUUUAUUUUCUUCAGUAUCUAAUCACUGUAUACUGUGUAAUUCCUGUAGGGGAAUAACUAAUCAGGUGGAGACUUUAUUGUAGUAUAGUUAGGAUUUGAUUGUAGAAGGGACUAAAUACUCCAAUAUAAUUUUUACCCUUCUCCCCAAACAAAACAUCAAUUCUGUGCCUCUCUAUGCCUUUGUUUCUUAUUCCCUAGAGGUCAGUAAUUUAAUUUAACACUAAACAUGGAUGUCAGUUUGAAGUUCAGAUCAAAGCCUGCAGAACUUUUCUCUGAUAGCACUGUGGGGGCUCCAUUCUAACUGCUGAUGUAGAACAAAAAUUGUGUUAAAUUCAUUAAACUGUUUAGAAUUUUUUGAGUAGAUUAAUAUGGAAAUGCUUUGGAAAUGUUAUAAAUUUUGACCUUCUACCAAAAGGAUAACUUUGUUUCUGGAACUGAUUUCUAUUUGUCAAGUCAAUCUCCCGUUAACAUCAUGAUCCCUUUAACAAAAAGUUUUCUGCAGAAUGGAAAGACCCAUGAAAUAAUGAUACUUUCAUUUUUCCCUUAGCCAUAUAACUUUAAAAACAAUAGUAUUUUUCGCUUUAGUAGAUUAAGAACACAAUAUUCAUUGAUGUUCAGUAAAGUACCUUGGAACAGUUUAAAUGUUCCUGAAGGUUUUUCAAUGACUGUGUAUUUGGCAGUUAUCCCAUACUACAGGGUAGAUCUGGUAAAUUUCAUAUUUGUAGAUUUAUAGUUAGCAAAACAAAUGUACCUUUACCUUUUAUUUCCAACCCUGUGUGUUAGAGCAGUUGCAUGCUCUUCUGCUUUCUUUUUAAAGCACAUUGUUAAGCUGUAAAGCUAUGGAUUUGUAUUCACUAAUGGCUUAAGAUAAAUAUUUUUUUCAUUCAUUGCUUUACAUUUUAGACAUUUUUCUUCUCACUGUAAGCAGAUUCAAAUUAGUCAAUAAAACAUCCUUUAAAUCCCAGAAGCCAAUGUCUCACUAUUCCGAAUGGCUUCACUCUAUUUCUCAAUAUUAGAGAUUAUAGUAAAAAUUAAUUAAGUGUGAAAAAGGCAAACAUUUAUUUUUAAUAGCCUGUAGUUUCUGGAAACAGUGCUUUUAACAGUUUGACCUCUCUCCGAAGCAGAGACGCAUAUAAGUAGCCCCCAUCCAUAUAUAGCUUAUAUUCCAAAGUUUUGCAGUCAACUUUUGGGACUUGGGGUACAUUUUUCUCAAAGAAACAAUACUUCGGUUCUCUAAUACUGUCACUGAAAGCUCAUUUGGGAACCUAAUCCACUUAAUCAUGAAUGUACUUAACUUGUAAUGUGGUUGACAGACUAUUAAUAAUAGAUCCUAACUAGCAUUUGUAGUAACACUCUAAAGAAGCAGUGUGCACCAGUCAGACUCAACACGGGGGCCUGCUUGUGCUCUGUGCUUCAGUCCUCAGGUAUUGGAGAUGGAGGAAAAAUAUUCAGCAGAGGAGGGAGAGGAAACAAGUGCACAAUUACAAAACCUGGUUAUGUGUGUUAUGAAAGUAUACCAACUAAGUUAGUUUUUAUUGCUAUUAAGGUGAAAGCAGAAUCUGUGUGUUAAUUUAUUUUCAAUAUAUUGACCUUAUUUAUGAUCUGCUAAAGUGAUUUAUUCAUUCAAAAUAUGUAUAUUUUUCCCAUUUAAAGCUAAUUUAUAAACUAUGUAGUCCUGGGAAGAUUCGAAAUUUUUUAGAAGUUUGUUGAAAUAUUUUCACCAUUUCAAACAGACUUCUGACUUAGAUACUAAUUUUAAUGUCAGUAUCUGCUCUAAGUAUUUAUGAUAAAAAUGCAUUAUUUUUUUAAAGAGCUUGAUAAGAUUUGUGAUAAGUGAUAGUAUCAAGAACCUGAAUCCCACCCUUGACCGAUGCUCCGUAAACCUCAGUUGUUGGUUAACUCAUUAGUUGAACACAGACGGUAUGGUCUGGUUUAGAAGUCAUGUCUUCAGCCUUAUGGUUAACAUGGUAAGCCUUAGCAGUAAACAGUCUUCCUUUGUAGAGGGAAGACUAAGUUUUCUUAAGAAAUGGGGUUAGAUAGGGGUACUUAUAAUACCAAAUUCUAAAUCAUGAGCAUUUUCUCCACUGUGUAACUGAGGCAAAUCAUGCAUCUUUGAGUACAGUUUGGCCUGGCCCCUUGAAAGAGAAGCAUGUUGGCACAUUUAUAGUAGGGUACUGUGGUUUGAAUGGAUACCAUCACUCUUUUCUCCACAAACAGUGCAGAGAGCUGUCUGGAGUGGCAGUGUGAACAGAUUCCCUGGUGCUCCCUCUGCUCCUUCCGUCACUACAGUAAGUAAAAGGACCACAGGGGGGAACCCGGAGGCUGAGAAAAUCAGCUGUGCUCCAUAGCCAACCCUCUCCCUCUAGGAAAACCAUUCUAAAUGCAGCUGUCUGGUACCUCUCAUUACAUGCACUCUGAAUUAGGGCUUUUCCAUAGGAAAUACUUCAGAAUCAGGAAAAAGAUGGGACGAACUGGGCAUCUUGAUUUGCAGAAAUAAAAAAAAAUAAAAUAAAACUAAGUUGUCAGUUGUCACUGCAGAUGAGUAACUCAUCUUUUAAAAUAUAUUUAUUGAACUGGUUCUGAGACAUCUUUAUAGAGAAAAAAAUUCACAAGUAAAAAUUAACUAAAUGGGAAAGUUAGAAUGUGUUUUCUGAAUUUUCCAUUAUUUGAAAUAAAAUAAGGUUACUCAACUGCUUUGUAUUCUACUAAGAAAUAGCUCCUAAAGAUGUAGUCUUGUUUCAUAGUCGUUGCACUAUAUCAAAGCCUGAAGUGUAAACCCAGUUAUUCUCUGUAUAGAAAGGGAACAUUGUGUUACUUAAUGAAUUUAUUUAUUCAGAGCAUUUGUUGCCAACUGUAAUUCUAGCCAUCCACACACUAGCCUGUUCUGGAGGUGGCAAUAGCACAUGGGAAAAUGAACUUUCCCUAUUUGUUUACCCUUUUUUCUUUGGCUGUAUCUUAAGAUGUUCUUAAUAAAGUUUUAUGUUCUUUUUGAA